AUGACCCCCGGCCAAUGCCCUUGUCAAGACUCGGUGCACCAUGCCUCGCUGACCUGCCCCGCCCCCUCCCUGUCGCAACCAAAAUUGGCCAAUUGCAACACCAACGCCAAUGACCUGGCUGCACGAGACGUUCACAUUUGGGAUGCCAACGGCUCCAAGGACUUUUUGGAGAAGCAAGGCUUGGGCCAUCGCGAGGAAGGAGACUUGGGCCCAGUCUACGGCUUUCAGUGGCGCCACUUUGGCGCCGAGUACAAGGACAUGCACACGGACUACAGCGGACAGGGGGUCGACCAGCUCGCCGAGGUCAUUGAACAGAUCAAGACCAAUCCUGAUAGCCGCCGCAUCAUCAUGUCGGCCUGGAACCCCCUCGACAUUCCCAAAAUGGCCCUGCCGCCGUGCCAUACCAUGUGUCAAUUUUACGUUUGUGACGGCGAGCUCUCCUGCCAGCUGUACCAGCGUUCUGCAGACAUGGGCUUGGGCGUGCCUUUCAACAUUGCCAGCUACGCACUCUUGACCUACAUGAUUGCGCAGGUCACGGGCUUGAAGCCCGGUGACUUUGUCCACACGAUUGGUGAUGCUCACGUCUAUCUGAACCACGUGGAUGCGCUUGAGGAGCAGCUCAAGCGGGAGCCUCGCCCCUUCCCCACGCUUAGCUUUAAGCGCGACAUCGAGGAGUAUGUACACGCUUUUGGACAGCAUGUGACCAAUCCACUCGAGCAUCGGCCGACUGCUGCCCUCCUCUCACUUGGCAUCGACGACUUUAAGUUUGAGGACUUUGAUCUCCAGGGCUACAAACCCCACAAUCGCAUCGCCAUGGACAUGGCCAUGCCCAACGUCGGCGGUAUUGCGGUCAAGGCGGGUGUUGAGGGUAUCGAGUCGCUCAAGUUGGUGAUCAAGGGUGUGGGCGGUGCGGGAGGCUUGCUGGCGUGCGAGCCGGGUCUGGCCCCGGAUGUCACGCAGCAAGCGCUGUCCCUCAGCAUCGAGGCCGCUCGGGUCGUCGGGUUGGCUGGCGGCGGGCCCGACCACAGCAUCGGGGGCCAACACGAUGUCAGCGUCCUCAAAAAUGGCUUCAGUGCCUGCUGGGGGUUGCGCGUGGUCACCAGUCGCUUGCUGACGGCCGCGUCAUCUCUCUCUCUCUCUCUCUCUCUCUCUCUCUCUCUCUCUCUCUCUCUUUUCACGCAAGCAGAAAUGCAGUGA